AUGUCUUCGAAGCAAUUCAAGCUAUUAUCGGAAAAGCAGUCAGAAAACUUGGCGCAGAUCAUUCAAAACUUCUUUGUUAAGUCUGCCUGUAUCAUUGUGGGUGCAAGAGCAAGUGUUUCUGAAUGUUCAGAUGAAGCCUCCUCCUUGACACAUAGAACUAAUCGAUGGUUCAACAUAGAAUUGGAUGAGUCAUCGUCUAUUGCGGCUAUGUCAUCAGAGGAGUUGAAACUUUGGAAAACGAAAGAUAUUCUACUUCUACCGCCUCUGGUGGUAGAGACUGUUUUGGAUCUCAGAGGAUUGGAGCCCAAUCAAACUCUUGUGAUAGAUGAUGGCACUAUAAUCAAAACAGAUAAGAAAUUAGAGAUAGUGCUGGAACGAUGGUUAAUCGAGUUUGAUUUGACCAGCUUUGACAACGACUCCAUUGAGUUGCCCACGAUAUACAAGAAACUAAUAAUUUUGUUUCGCUCCUUGUACACAUUAGUCAGAUUACUUCCGGCCUAUGGGCUUCGGAACAGCUUUAUGAAAUCUACACAGAGCUCCAGCAAUCUUAGUUUGAAAGCCAACAUUUUGGAUGGCACAAAAUCCAUCAGUUCUAAGGGCAGAAUCGGGUUGAGUAAAUCAUUCAGUGAAGCUUCUGGAGAGAACCAUCUGGCUUCUAGACGAUUGACUUCUGUGCUUACUCCUAUUGGUGCCCUCAAAAUCUCGUCGUCAUACCGGAUCAAUUGCCACUUUGAGGUUCGGGACAACGAAGAACUUCUGUCAAAUCAAUUUAUGAUGGAAAAGAACUCCUCGCAAGAAAGCAUUAUUUCUGCAGUGCGUGUGUUGAAAGAACCUACCUAUGGAAGUGAUCGAGACGCUUCUCUGCCAAUUCAUCAGUCAACAUCUCCCUUAUCCAUUGGAAGCAGUCAUAGUAGAGAACAGAAAGAGCCGCCUGGUCAGCAGAAUCAAACGCAGAUACUGACGCAAUCACCGAAACGCAGAUCAUCCAUCAGAUCUGUUCCAUUAUUUAAGGGUGGCUCUAUUGCUUCUUCUGCCUCUCCACCUGUAUCACAGCUGCCUGCCUCAGUGACCUCCAAAGGAAGUCCAGGCCCGUCAAACGGCGCAUCUUCCUAUGUCACUUCCAAGCCAAUUCCGGUAACGCUCAACCGAACACGUUCUAACACGUCUGUUGUUCUAAGGAAUCAGCAAACUCGAGAUUCAUUUAAUCGUUCAGUCAGUUCUUUUAACACUUCGUUUGGAAGCGUAGAAAGGCAGCAGCAGUUGCAGCAGCAUGAAACUGGAACCACGCCUGUUCCUUCAGGUUAUCAGAUGCUGCCCACACUAUCGUCUGCAUCUAGUAAGUUUCCAUCAUCUUUUGGAUCCAGAUUUAGGGGUAGCAGGCAGAACAGUGUUAGUAGCCAGUUGGCAGGGACUAACAACCCAGUGCUUCAGAACUUCAAGUUAAGAAGUAAGACGAUUGCAUCUUCGGAAUCUGAUAGUGGACCCACAAAUUCAAUGUAUCUCGAUGAUGACUUGGAUAGCUUUGUAAAGAUGCUUGACUCCAAGCCAGAUCUUCGUCUCGCUUCAGGAAGUACGACUAUAACUGGUGGUUCGUCGGAUCAGCCACAACCAGCUUCUUCAACCAUCUUUGACGAUAGUCUUCGUGAGUUUAAGCAGUUUCAAAAGAGAAAUGACUUGUUUAAUGACCGAGUUGCAUCAUCUUCCUCUUUACCUUUACGAAGAGGUUCUUCAGAGAGAUAUACGCGGUCUAUAUCGCCGGGAAACAUGGUGGUAAGUGCUACACCGCGUAGCAUUCCCACAGCAAUGCAGAGUCCGGGAUGGAGCCAGCGUCGCAGUUCCGCUGCAUCUUCGUCUUAUUCUCCAUCCAUUCAGUUUAUGAAACUUGGAUCUUCUUCUGGCCCUGUAGGUCCGACCUUAUCGCCGGUAGUGAGCUACGCUAAUAGAUUUUCUGCUUCUUCCUCCGGCGAGACUUCUGUGGUUGGAAUUCUGCGUCGAAAAUCUUCUGCAGCUUCGUCGCACAGCAGAUAUCGAGGAAUGACACCUGCACGUGAGAAUAGUACCUCCCAUAGUACCCAAAAUAGAAGUUCUUUGGGUAAUUAUAGCUCAAGAAAUGUUUCACAGAGAGAGGUUCAAAGACCAACACAUUCCGGUGCCUCACUCGGAUCUAGGAAGUCUAAAGAAUCUCAAGGUUCAAGAGAUUCACAUGGCUCUAGAAGUUCGAGGGGAUCAGAAAGUCCUGGAGAUUCUCAACUUGUCGAUCCCGAGUUCUUGAAAUUACGUUCGUAUAACGAGCAGGUUUUCGAAUCAGAUGGAGAAGAUGACAAUGAGAGAAACAAUAAUUCUUUGAGUAAUCACGAUUCUCCUCAAUCAGAAGACAGGAAAUUAUCCCCUUCAGGCUUAACUACCAAAUCGCCAUUCGUGCCUCACGGACCUGCCAAUUUGCACCAGCUAGCCAUAUACAGAAGACAGGGGUCUUCAGACUAUACACACAACCGCAAUGAAGACGACGAGGAUGAAUUGUUAUUUGCCAUGAGUGACAUGACUUUAGCAAAAAACAACGUCGACUUCUAA